AUGUUAAGCAAUGCCGAUAAGUUAUUUAGUGUCCUUCGGGAUUGCCCAAUCAAUUUUCUUUCUCUUUCUUUCUUUCUUUCUUUCUUUCUUUCUUUCUUUCUCAUACCUAUUUCCUUGUCUUUCAUUGUUUUUACUCAUCCUUUUUUUUCUAUAUGUCGAUGGCUCUUUAUCCUCUGCUCAUUUUUCUCUCUUUAUUUCUGUCAUCAUUUCUUUCUUUCUCCCCCCCCAUACCUAUUUGCUCGUCUUUCAAUUUAUUCACUUUCUUCAUUAUCUAUCUAUCUAUCUAUCUAUCUAUCUUAUUCUGUUCAUAUCUAUCUAUCUAUCUAUCUAUCUAUCUAUCUAUCUAUCUAUCUAUCUAUCUAUUCCCCACAUAUUUCUUUCUUUCUUUUUAUAUAUUGCCUAGAGUUUCAUUAUUUUUACUUAUUCUCUUUUUCCCUUAUAUAUCCCUCUCUUAAUAUUCACAAUACAUUUCUUUCUAUUCCUUCCUUCCUUUUACAUAUUCCAUUUCAUUGUUUUACUUAUUUUUUUUUUCUUAUUUUUUUUACUUAUUAUAUUUCCUCCUUAUAUAUAGCUUUCUUAUUAUUCCCUGUAAAUUUCUUGCUCUUUUUUCCUUCCUUUCCUUCUCUCUUUCUUUAUUUAUUUCUUUCUUUUAAAUAUUCACUUUCAUUGCUUUUUUCCUUCUUCAAUCUUUCAUUAAUCGUUUUCCUCAUUCUCUUUUUCAUUUUACUUAUUAAUUUCUGUUUUUCGAUCGUUCGUUUUUUCUUCUUCUUUUUCUUCGUUUUACAUAUUUUUAUUCCUCUUUUUUUUUCAAUUGUGCUUCCUCUUUUUUCAAUUGUGACUUCUGCUUGGCAUUUCAUCGCUCUUCUCAAUCUUUUCUAUCCCGCACUUCUUUUUAUCUUCUUUUCCCUCUCUCUUUUUUUCAAGCUUUCCCCACUUUUCUUCCCACUUAUCCAUCUAACCACUCACUUUCCCCGAUACCAGCUUUAUUCCCUUCUCCAUUUUUUUUCUCUCUACAGCCUACACCGCUGA